GAUUCUGCCUUUUCUUCUCCUUCCCUCACCUGCUCUCUCUCUCUCUCUCUCUCUCUCUCUCCCUUUCUUUCCCGCGGCGACGGUGACGACGACCGCGCGAGCGCCGCCGACUCCCUACUGCAUCAGGUGCCUCGGCCUUCGUCGUGCUCUCCGCCGGCAACGAGUAUAGACGGGCGCGCAUGGCCACCUUCGAGCUGUACCGGAGGUCCACCAUCGGCAUGUGCCUCACCGAGACGCUCGACGAGAUGGUCUCCAACGGCACCCUCAGCCCGGAGCUCGCUAUCCAGGUCCUCGUCCAGUUCGACAAGUCCAUGACGGAUGCUCUGGAGAACCAAGUGAAGAGCAAGGUUACUGUCAAGGGUCACCUGCACACCUACAGGUUCUGUGACAAUGUGUGGACCUUCAUCUUGACAGACGCAAGCUUCAAGAACGAGGAGGCCACGGAGCAGGUGGGCAAGGUGAAGAUUGUGGCAUGUGAUUCCAAAUUGCUCGGACAAUAGGCCUGUGUACCCUCGAGGUCAAGGAAGGAAGCUUUUAAGUGCGGCGAGGCGGGGUCUGUCUGCGCGUCAGCUGUACACGCCUAGGCUACCGCGAGGCGGGGUCUGUCUGCGUCAGCUGUACACGCCUAGGCUACCGCCCGAACGGCAUUUCAUUUGCCUUCUUCGUACUGUAUGUGUAUCUUCUUUUUUCCCCUUGUAUACAAUCUGCUGCAGCUAUACCGGCCAAGAGUAUGGCAUGGUAUGGCGGCAGGCAGCCGCAAACUUGUUUUUACCUACUUGGUGUAGCGCCUGUGUAACAGUUUUCGAUCGAUCUUGCUUGUUGUGUUGUCGAUGCUAAUACCGCAGUGUAAUUGACGAAAUGACUAAAAUGAAGAGUAGUGUAGUAGAUGUCCAA